CCUUCUCAAGCAUAGGUGUGUAAAUAUGUGUUUAGUUGCUAAAGUUGAAUUGUCUAUUGAUCAAAAAUGCACGGCAAUGAAGGAAAUACAUUUAAAAUAAAAUAAAAAUAAAAAAAGGAGGAGCCGUGCACAGCUUUCACUUUCUGUAUGUCGCUAUCUGCAAUAACAAAACCGAAAGCAUUAUACUUCGGUGACUAGCCUGGACCAAAGAUGUGGCAGACGACGUUGUUGGUUUUGUUGCUGCUCAAACUCCAAGCAGCCAACUCGCAGAUCAGCAGUUCUGGUGCAACGAGAGCUGACUACGGAUCAGACGCGAAUUACAAGUGCGAGCUGCACAACCAGACAGGUGUGCUUCAGGUUACCUGGCAAAGGCGCCUGAAGGACGGUUCUGUGGAGAACCUGGCGUCCUACAGCAAGCGGCAUGGGCAACAGGUCAAUGAGCCUUACCAGGAGAAGGUGAUGCUCACCGAGGUGUCCCUGAGCUCGGCGUCCAUCACCCUGAAGAACCUCACGUGGGCUGAUGAAAGUUGUUAUAUCUGCCAGUUCAACGUGUAUCCAGGAGGGUCCAAGAAAAAGCAGACCUGCCUCGCCAUCCAAGGAAUAUCGGAAGUGCAAACAAAUGUGUACCCUUCCACCGGCGACCUGACAGACACAACCAAGCAGGUUACGUUCAGUUGCUCCGCCACAGGGAAACCAGCGCCCGCCAUUCGCUGGCUCUUCUCUCCCGACGUCACCAGUUUGCACGAACCAUUGGCUGCCAUGGAAGCCAACGACGACCUUACCUUGACCAGCAGUAGUAACGUUACAGUGGUUGUGUCCAGAGGCUGGACGGGACAUGCGGACUGUGUUAUGGAAAACGGGAGUCGGGAACAGAGGAUGGAGAGGAUCACUUUUUCCUGGGAUCCUGAUCUAGGAAAACAGGAGGGGGAGACAGGUGGAUCAUGGUCACCAGGAGUGGUCCUUGGUAUUGUUUUGGGUAUUCUUGCAGUGAUGUUGGUCAUUAUCGGCAUUGCUAAGUGGAAACGAAAAAGGGUGAAAUACCACAAAAGACCUGAACUUGUUGGUGUUGUUCAGCUCCCCAGCCUUUUAAGAGAUCCACAACAGGAAGUAUGUGCUGAAUUACCCUGAUCUUCACCUAUAGCUCAAACCUACCUUCUUGUGUUUAUCUAAAUGUAGCAGAUUAUAUUAGAAGUAUAUUGUUGUUAUCUAAAGGAAAUGUUUUUUGAAGGCUUCUUCUGUUUGGGACGAUAAGGUAUGUCGGGGAAUGUAAGGUCAAGUGUGGGUUUGUGAGGCUGGUGAAGAGGCAGGAAGAGUUUCCACCUCCAGGAACUCAACCUGUAGUGCGACCUAGUGGACUUUUCGGUGAAGUAAUGAAAAAUGAGACAUCUUAACUAUAAUCAGUUUAGCUCAGGGGUGUCAAACGAAAAGGUUUUCUGAGUUUGCUAUCUAUAAAAAUGAGCAGAACAUUUUUUGAAUGAAAGAAACCGCCGUUCUAAAUGUGUCCACUCGAUGUCGCAAUAGCAAUUAUUUGUAAAAAAAAAAUAUUAAAAAAAAAUAAACCACAUGAUGUUAGUACGGAGCCCCUAAAGCAGGGGUGUCCAAAGUGCGGCCCGGGGGCCAUUUGCGGACCACAGCUAAUUGUUUACCGGCCCGCCACACAUUCUGGAAUUGUUAUUGCAAAAAUAAAAAAUAAACAUUACAAAAAGUGGACUGAGGUGAAAUCUAACUAGAAAAAGUUGCAAUGUUGACACAAAGCUGCCAUGCAGGCUGUUUUUUUUUCUUCUUUUGUCUAUCUUUAUUUUUAUUUUUUUGCCAUUGCUCAAAAAAACAACAACAAUGUUAUAAUGAAUUAUUGACCUAUUCAAGGCUCCAAUUAUUUCAAAUAUUUCACUUUAAAAUGUUUUAUGUGGAAAAUAUUGCAUAUAUUGUGUGGUUGCCAUACAAAAACAUCAACGUUUUCUUUGACAAAAGAGUUUAAAACAAACAAAAUAAUAGUUCAAACGUAAAAUUGACAGAUAUAUCUGAAGUUGAUCUCGUAACUUAAGUGUUGAAAGUAAGAAAAAAUAAUACAAAUGUAUCACUUUAUGAGUGGGGCACCUUUUGGAUCCUAAAUAUAAUUAAUGGGAUUUUAUUUAUCUUUUCACUGUGAUUACUCAAAAAUAACAAUGAAUUAAUAUCAAUGGUGUCCUGCAUUGUUGAUGUUUUUAAGGCUCUAAUUACUUCACAUCAAACAUUGCUUUCUGAAGGUUUGGGGCAGUGGGGGAAAUACUGCAUAUUUCAGUUUUAUUAUAAAAAACAAAGUUGUCUUGACAGAAAAGGCAUAAAAUCUUUUUUUUAUUUUUUUAUUUUAUAUCAACCUGAAGUUGAUAUACUGUAGAGAUUUACUGUAAGCGUUAAAUAAUUAAAAAAAAAAUAAUAAUUUGACUUGUUUUUAACAUUUUAAUGACUUAGACCCUUUAUGGUCCCCGGGAGCCCUAAAAAAAAAAAAAAAAAAUUCAUAUAUUUUAAUGUUUUGAAAAUGAAAACUAUCAAAAUGGCCCCCGCAGGCUUUAAUUUUUCCGUAUGCGGCCCUCAGUAGAAAAAGUUUGGACACCCCUGCCCUAAAGGGACAUGGGGGAAUUUUUUUUAAAAAUUAUUUUAUUUAUUUCAUUUUAUUCUUUUAGACCUGUAUCUUGUG